UGGGUUCACACCAUAUGAACUAAUGUUUGGACGCCAGCCAAGGUUGCCUGUCGACCUUGCAUUUGGGUUGCCAGUGAAAGAACAGCGACACAAGUCACAUUCCCAAUACGUACAGGACCUUAAAUCUCGUCUUGAGCAGAGCUACGAAGUUGCCACAAGGAUUGCUGCCAAGGUAGCUGAGAGGAAUAAGAUUCGGUUUGAUAAGCGAGUGAGUCCUUCUGCUUUAGGCGUUGGUGACAGAGUGCUCGUCAGAAACGUGCGUAUUCGAGGAAAGCACAAGCUCGCUGAUAAGUGGGAGUCCACAGUCCAUGUGGUAGUAAAGAAAGCUGGAGACCUCCCAGUCUAUACAGUUAGACCAGAGAACGGCGAGGGUCCCAAGCGCACGCUGCAUCGCGACCUCUUACUCCCAUGCGGAUUUCUUGCUGCACCAACGGAGGAGCGUGCUCACCCCAAACGAGCUAGAAAGCCUAGGACACGUCAGAAUACUCCCAACAGCACAACGGAGCUUGACCAGUCUUCAGAUGAGGAGGACAUUGUUCCCAUUGCUUGGUUCGAAAUACAACCACUCUCUGAGACGACUGGGGGUGCUGCAACGCAAAAUGCCCCAAGAGACCUAGGUUCUAGUCACGGCAAGAAUAACCUGACAUCAGUCUCCGCCGAGUCAACGGAUGUUCCAGAAGUUGCCAAUGUUAUGCCUGAUGUCACAUCAAUUUACCAUGAAACAGAUCAAUGUGGCGAUGAGCAGACUCCAGAUGAUGGUCAGACCUCACCUCCUGCUGCGGACGUACCAGCACCUGAACUCCAUGAAUCUGUGGGGGAAGCCAAGAUGGAUGAUAGUGCAUCCACUGAAUCUGAGGGACACAGGAUGCCGCUGGGUAGCAGUUCAGGGGAAGAGGAGUUGCUUAACGAGGUCAAGGACUUAAGUGAGGGCCAACCUAAAGAAAUCCCAGUCCUCCCGGACAGGUUGGAGGAUGUGAUGAAUGAUCCUGGAACUGGAGGACAGGAGGAGAGUGGUGAAGUAGAGGAACGUGCUGACACUGAUAUCCAUGUCAGGAGGUCUGAGCGGGAUCGUCAACCACCAAUGAGGCUCGACUACACUGAAUUGGGGAAACCAAUUGUCACCGUGGUAAAGUCUUUCUUCCAAGGGUUGACCGAUGUGUGGAAUGACAUGGUAAAUGAAGGUGAAGCACCUGCUUCUUCUCUUGCCUUUCCCCCCAAGAAACAUUUGUGUGAACCUUGUCAUGCACAGGGACGUGCAAGAGUUCAGGAGGGGAGAGUGUAACCCACAUCAGAUUUGUGGGUUGUGCUGCUGCAUAAUGUUAGAGGUGUAAUUUUCCCUCCCUGCCACUAGGAGGCGAGUAUGCCUUGAGAUGACUUUCUGUUAGUUAACAUUUCCUGUUGUGAAAGCCAUUACUCACGAGGCAACCGCCAAAUUAGCUGAAAGAUCCUGGAUCUGAAAUCUGUGAAAUACGGCCGUGGGAAGCUGCGUCAGCCUGGCGAGCUAUCUCACCACGAGCUCCGAUUGGUUUUUGACCAGGACUGGAUCAUUUGAGAUCUGAACCCUGUGGGUUCAGUGGCGAGCCAAUCCCAAGAGAGUGACUGUAGACGGACCAGAGUACGGUGUGGCCAGCCGUGGGAUCCAUCUUCAGCGAACCUCAGGACUAUCACUACAUCCCUUGACACAGAUAAGACUGACACUUUAAAAAUCUACCCGGGUAGUGUUAGAACCAGUGGACAGAAACACACACACACAAGGAACUCUAAUUUCUCUUUCCAAAGAGAAGUGGACUGAGCAACAGGAGCGGAAGCUCUUUAAUUGAAACUCUUU